CAACGAAGAAGUCAUGCUUUUUGUGAUAAUCUUAUGGCUCUUCGUCUUCUUGCUAAUUAUGGCUCUCUUCCUGCUCACUGUGUACCAGCUCAUGUGUUGUGCAGACCUUGAAAUGGAUUAUACGAACACAUACGACUUCGCAUCAGAGAUUAAUAGCAUGGUUUUACCUGAGUUUGCCUUGCAAGGAAUUUUAAUCUCAUGCUUCCUCUUCUCUCAGAAUUGGGUCUUGUUUCUCUUGUGUGUUCCUCUCCUCUACUAUCAUUUUCGCCGAUACAUGCAUCGGCAACAUAUUGUUUAUGCAACUGAAGUUUUUUACCAGCUCGGCCGGGAAAAAAAAGUGCGGCUUGUGAAGCUUGGCUAUUAUAUGUUCCUCUUUUUUUUAUCAUCCUUCUUGAUGGUUGUGAAAAUGAUGAACGAAAAUUAUUAGUCUAAGGAUCGUGAUUUGCCGAUUACUGUCGGACUAACAAUUCGAUUCGGGUUACUUGAUUUGUUGAUGUUCCAUGGUUCAUGGUUGUGCAGCAAAGGGAAAGAAAAGCAGCCUGAUUUCUUCAAUCCAUUGAGAAGAGCUGCUUAUUUUGGAAGGAAAUUACUGUUUGUUCAUUACUUAUUUUCACUUUCUAUUUUUUUUUUUUUAAUUUUUUUGUUAGCUGAGACCACACAAAAAUACAUCUAGAUUGUUAAACCAUUUUUCCCCUUGUUAUAAUCUUUUUAUUAGUGGAUGCAACUUUUGGUUAAAUAUGAAAGGUUAAAAUUUACAAGAACAUACACAAUUUCAGAUUUUUAAAAGGAUA